GGCCAUAAAUAAGUUUCCCGGAAGAGCUGCUGAUGCCCCAUCCCUGGCAGCGCCCGAGUCCAGGCUGGAUGUGGCUUUGCACAGCGGGCGGUGUCCCCGCACUGGGGCAGCUCAGAUGUGGCCAAUGGUGGAGCAGCGCUACCUGGGAUCCCAGCACUGCCCUCCUCCCGACGCCGCCUCUAAAAGCGCUGCUGAGCUGCACAGCGCUUCCAGCCCCGGCGCUGCUGUGCGGGACGAGAGCAGCAACAGCACGAGUGCAGCAGUCAGAGCUGGGACACAGCGCAGCGCUGCUUUGGCUCCCCGUGUGAGUGUGAGCGCUCUCCCGAUGGCAGGACGUCACAGCACAGGAUCCCAGCUGAGCAUCAUCCUGGUGGGCAAAACAGGGAAUGGGAAGAGUGCGACAGGGAACACCAUCCUUGGGAGGAAAGCAUUUACUUCUGAUUUGUCAGCAGAAUCGGUAACCCGAGAGUAUGAAAAAGAAGAAUGUUUGUUCGGUGAGAGAUCAAUUGAAGUUGUCGACACUCCUGGCCUUUUUGACACUAAGGAAGUCAAUGAAAAAACAGCUAAAAAGAUUCAGAAAGCCUUUAGGAAACUCUAUUCAGGGGUUCACGCCAUCAUCCUGGUGAUGCAGCUGGCCCGAAUCAGUAAGGAAGAGCAGGAAGUGGCUGACUGGGUGACCAGAAUCUUCCAUUCUAAAGCAGAGAGAUACACAAUCCUCUUAUUCACCCGAGCAGAGCAGCUGGAGCAUCCAGAAGACCUGAAGGGCUUCAUAGACAAGAGCUCAUACCUCAAGGGCCUGGCAGCCAAGUGUGGAAAUCGGUACAUUGGUUUCAGCAACAUAGCAACUGGAGAGAAAAGGGAUCGGCAGGUUGCAGAGCUCAUCAACAUGAUUGAUGCCAUGGUAGAGCAGAAUGGCAGAGCUCCGCGUUACACAGAAGAAAUGCUGGAGGAAGACACACGGACAUUCUUUGAAAAGUUUUCUCCAGGCAGUGCAAUAUGGAAAGUGCAGGCUGUGGCUCGAGGAUCCCAGCUGAGCAUCAUCCUGGUGGGCAAGACGGGGAAUGGGAAGAGUGCGACAGGGAACACCAUCCUUGGGAGGAAAGCAUUUACUUCUGAUUUGUCAGCAGAGUCGGUAACCCGAGAGUGUGAAAAAGAAAAAUGUUUGUUCGGUGAGAGAUCAAUUGAAGUUGUCGACACUCCCGGCCUUUUUGACACUAAGGAAGUCAAUGAGAAAACAGCUGAAAAGAUUCAGAAAGCCUUUAAGAAACUCUAUUCAGGGGUUCACGCCAUCAUCCUGGUGAUGCAGCUGGGACGAGUCAGUAAGGAAGAGCAGGAAGUGGCAGAGUGGGUGACCAGAAUCUUCCAUUCUAAAGCAGAGAGAUACACAAUCCUCUUAUUCACCCGAGCAGAGGAGCUGAAGCCUCCAGAAGAUCUGAAGGGCUUCAUAGACAGGAGCCCAUACCUCAAGGGCCUGGCAGCCAAGUGUGGAAAUCGGUACAUUGGUUUCAGCAACAUAGCAACUGGAGAGAAAAGGGAUCGGCAGGUUGCAGAGCUCAUCAGCAUGAUUGAUGCCAUGGUAGAGCAGAAUGGCAGAGCUCCGCGUUACACAGAAGAAAUGCUGGAGGAAGACACACGGACAUUCCGUGAAAAGUUUUGUACCAUCCUGUAGGCAGCCAGGGGUCAGUCCCAGAACAGGGACCUCCUCUGCUGUGCCGUUCCUGCUGUCUGUAUGGGGUGAUGUGAGGCAGGGUGUGUGGUGAUGGGCCUGAAGGAGCUGUCAAUAAACACUGAGCAUUGCUGUGUGGAGGA